CACGGUGUGUGUUAGAACCCGGAUGUUCACGGCUAACAACGCAGCUACACUCAAAAAACAAAAACAAAAGGGAAAGUAGCUGAAGUAGCUGGUCUGUCUGGUAAAACAUUGUAGUAGUUUAAUUAGUCAUAUUGUUAUAUCUAAAACUGAGCUUCGAAAUGCAUGUAGAAUAUUUAUUCUGAGAGAACAACUGUUAGAAUUUCACUCAGUCGACUGUCUACUCUGUUUUACCAAGCUAGCUUAUAUGGAAGAUUAUUCAACUAGCUCAGUAUAAUGGUUUUAAUUUCUUUUACCGAUUUACCGUCUGUUUGAAAAGUUAUUAUACGACGUAGUUAUAUAUUAUUUCUACAAAAUGAGUAAAACUAGCAAAAGCUGAUGCGAGAAAGAAGUUACCUAGCUAAUGCUUAUUGCCAAAUACGUGUUGGUUAGCAUAUUGCACCCUGGUCAACCAGCCUUACAGCUCAGAACUGUACUAAUGAAUGUCAUACAUUUUUAUCAUUACCAUGCAGGAAAUAAAGAUUGUUUUAAUAUAUAUUUCUUAUCCAUGACCGUGCAGGAGAUAUUAAUACAUUUUAAUGCUUUUUCGGUAUUUAGUUUAUUUUCUUGGUCGUUUUAAUAAUCCCUAGAUGUAAAAUGGUAUCCACUUGUUGAUGGUCCUGUUCUCAGUUAUCUGAUGUGUAGCAGCACUCAUGAAUACCCGCCGGCGCCACACUCCUAGGAACAACCAGGAAGGGGUUUACACUGGGCCUUCACAGACCCAGACCCAAUUGGUCCAGCCGCUGGAGAACCCACUGUGUGUACCUCUUCCCCUUGCUCCUUCUGUAGACUCCAUCAGCAUGUCCUGCCGAGACCGCACCACUGAGUUUCAGUCUGUGUGUAAGUCACUGCAGGGGAGACAGAAUGGAGCACAGGGCAUUAAACCAGUUCACAAUGCUGUCAGACAGAGGAGUGACUUCACGCUCAUGGCAAAGAGAAUUGGCAGGGACCUUAGCAACACCUUUGCAAAGUUGGAAAAGCUGACAAUAUUGGCCAAACGGAAAUUCCUCUUUGAUGAUAACGCAGUGGAGAUUGAUGAGUUGACAUAUAUUGUGAAACAGGAUAUUAACAGCCUGAAUAAACAGAUAGCCCAACUGCAGGAGCUUGUCCGGUCCAGAAAUGGCCAAAAUAGCAGACAUCUUCAAACACAUUCCAAUACUAUUGUUGUAUCAUUGCAGUCAAAAUUGGCAUCAAUGUCAAGUGACUUCAAGUCCGUUCUGGAAGUGAGAACAGAGAACCUGAAGCAACAGAGAAGCAGGCAAGAGCAGUUAUCUCAGUCGUCAGCCUCCACCUCCUCCAUUCAUGACUCCAGCUUUAGCAAUUCAGUGUUGAUGCAGGAUAGUUCCAACAAAGCAGAUAUCUCCAUAGACAUGGAUCUGCGUUCCAGCCAGCAGAUGCUACUCCUCAAUGAGAAGGAGUCUUUUAUUCAGGACCGAGCAAACACUAUGCAAAACAUAGAGACUACUAUCGUAGAGUUGGGAUCUAUUUUCCAGCAGUUGGCCCACAUGGUGAAAGAGCAGGAAGAGACCGUUCACAGGAUUGAUGCUAAUGUAGAAGACACUCAGCUCAAUGUGGACUUAGCUCAUACAGAAAUUCUCAAGUACUUUCAGUCCGUCUCCAACAAUCGCUGGUUGCUCAUCAAAAUCUUCCUAAUCCUCAUCAUUUUCUUCUUCAUCUUGGUCAUCUUCUUGGUCUGAAAACUAUGGACAAUGUGACAAUUCAGGACUGAGUCCCUUAGAAGAGCCAUUUCUUCACAUUAAGGAACAAGUAGGGAGUUAAAAUGUAAAAUAAAGCAGUAAAAUGAGCAGUGUUAUUUGAUACUACUAAAGUAACUUGGUAAUACUGGCAGCAAGUUAUUUUCUUGUGGCCAAAAGAAUUUGGUUUUAAUUAUUGAGUAAUUUUAUACACACAAAAAAACAUAUUCUCACUGCACUUCUUUAGAUUAGAGGACAGGGUAGCUACACCAUUUCAGCUGUAAUUAGCUUGUUUCAUUAAUCCUUUUUAAUGAUCUUUUGGGUUUGAGAAUAAUAUGUAUAACGUGUAACUGGUGCUUACGUCUCAGGCAUUUUUUUUGCAAUGUGAUUUGGUACCCAUGUUUAUGCUGAGACGGCGAUCUAGGGCAAAACUCUUAAAUAGGGUACUCUGUCAGUUGUGCCUCAUUUAUAGCUAGCCAAAAAACAUUACAUUUAGCCAAAAUUGGAAGAAGGAUGUGUGAGAAAUUAAUUUUUUUAAGAAAGACCUGGAUUUGCAGUAAUAUUUACUUCAGGAAUAUGCAAGAAAGGUCAUAUUGCAGCACCAAAUCAAAUAAAACUUUACUGAGAUAAUUGUGCUUCAUGGCAUUAAUGAAGAUUGUAUUAUUGGAAGAGUUAAACAGUAUGCUAAUUCCCAUUAGCAUGAAAGUUAUAGAAAUGACUGCAUUUUAUUGAAUACAUUAGUACCAUAAAUUAAAUGGCAGGAAAGUUUACAUCUGAUAUACAGUUCAUAUCAUAAAGUGCAAUUUUAGGGUUUAAAAUUUAAGGAAGUAGACACUAACUCAUUGUUCACACUGACAUUCCACUUCCUAAAAUGUACAGCUGUACUGUGAACCAGGGAAUAAAAAUCCAGCAGGUCAAUGAGGUGGCUUGAACAAAUAAUUAAUAUAACUUUAGUUUCUUUUUUGAUCUGCUCUGCCCUGUUAGUUUUCAUGUGAAAAUAUUCACUCUGUCUACAGCCACUUUGUUUCUUGACUGUUGCAGGUAAUCCAUUUUUAAAGAGUAAUAACAACUUCUCAUGGCUUCUUUAUACUUAUGGUCAGUGAUUUUUGACAGAUUCAGAAUUACAGGCAUUUCUGUUUGUUCUAAAACUAGAUCACAUGACCUAUUUUACAUUCCAACAGUAAAUUUGAUGUAAUAUUGAUCAGUAUCUUAAAUAAUUUAUGUGAAAAUAAACUUACUAUUGGUCAUUGUG